UUAUAAAGACAUAACAUAAUUGGCCACGUUGCAAUUCCUCUUCUUCAUUUAAACCUUCCCAUUUCUUCUCUCUCUCUCUCUCAAAGCUCCAUUACAAACAAAUUCCGAUGAACCACGCCGCCGUUCAUUAGUUUCCUUCAUUUCCCAUUAUGGGCCAAUCUUCUUCAACUCACAAUUUCUCACCCACCAAGUUCAAUUAUUCCCAAACUAACCCUGUACAUUCAGAUGAAGACAAUUCCCCCAUUUUACAUCCCAUAAAUUACACUUAUACCCUUCCUGACGAAUGUUUAGCUCUAAUAUUCCACUCCUUACCCUCCAUCGACCGUAAGAAAUGCUCCUUAGUCUGCCGGCGUUGGCUUUUAAUCGAAGGACAAAAUCGUCAUCGUCUUUCACUCAAUGCAAAAUCCGAAAUAAUCCCCAAAAUACCCUCCAUCUUCACUCGCUUUAAUUCCGUUACUAAACUCGCUCUCCGGUCUGACCGAAAAUAUGUUAGCAUAAACGAUGAGGGUUUGAUCCUUAUAUCUAUCCGGUGCGUGAAUCUCACGCGCUUGAAGUUGCGUGGAUGUCGAGAUGUUACUCAUUUUGGAAUGGCUUGUUUGGCUAAGAAUUGUAAGAAGUUGAGGAAAUUCUCUUGUGGAUCUUGUAUGUUUGGAGCUCAAGGUAUGAAUGCUUUGCUUAACAACAGCAUUUCCCUUGAAGAACUAUCUGUUAAACGGUUACGGUGUAUGAAUAAUACUCAUAGUGUGUCUGUUGAAGAACCGAUUAGUAUUGGAUCUAAUGCUUCUUGUUCGCUUAAAUCUAUAUGUUUAAAAGAGCUUUAUAAUGGACAAUGUUUCGGACCUUUCAUAACGGGAUCAAAGAAUCUAAGGACGUUGAAGUUGUUGCGAUGUUUAGGUGAUUGGGAUAGGGUAUUUGAGACGAUUGCAAGUAACAUGGAAAAUCAUUUAGUUGAGAUUUUAUUAGAGAGGGUUCAAGUGAGUGAUAUUGGACUUAAGGCGAUAUCGAAGUUUUUGGAGUUGGAGACUCUGCAUUUGGUGAAGGUUCCGGAAUGUACGGAUGUCGGGGUUGUAGAUGUGGCUAGAAAUUGUAAAUUGUUGAGGAAGGUUCAUAUUGAUGGAUGGAGGACGAAUCGAAUAGGCGAUAUUGGUUUGUCUGCAAUUGCUGAGAAUACUGUAAACCUUAAAGAAUUGGUCCUUAUGGGUUUGAAGCCUACAAAGAGUAGUUUAUUAGCCAUUGCUUCUAAUUGCCAAAAAUUAGAAAGAUUAGCACUUUGUGGUAGUGAGAGUAUUGGGGAUGCUGAAGUAACUUGUAUUGCUACAAAAUGUAUGGCUUUGAAGAAGCUUUGUAUUAAGGGAUGUGAAGUGACGGAUGAAGGGAUCGUGUCUUUCUCCUGGGGAUGUCCUAAUUUGGUGAAAAUUAAGGUUAAGAAGUGCAAGCAUGUAACGAGUGAAGUUGCAGAUGUGUUGAGAUCACGGACGGGGUCUCUAGCCGUGAAUCUUGAUGUUGGGGAAGUUGAUGUGGAGGUUGGGGAUGGUAGCGCGAGUGAUGGUGGGGUAGUAGAAGAAGGCGUGGAGUUUCCACCGAUUGCAAGUACUGUUGUCGCCAUUGAUAAUGAUAUCCCAUCGACAAGUAAUGUAGGACGAUCAUCAGCAUCUAAUUCUGCAAGGUUUGGCGUUCUCGGAGGAAGGGGCUUUGUCAUUUGCUCUUUCCGCAGGUGGUCAAAUGGCAGGCAGCAGCUAAACGAAGCCUGAAUCCAUUCAAUGAAGGAAGUCAUGUUUGCUACGACCAAUAUCCAAACAAGACCGUGACUCUGAAUCUUAGAUGACUCUCCAACUUGACAGGAUCCAAAUGAAAAAAAGGAUAUACAACGGUAUGAUUAAGCAAAGGUUAUUUUAUCACAUAAGUACGCUUCUGAAUGACCAACCUCUUUCUUCAGCUGUAACACAUUCCAAUCAAGGCCCAGAAGCUCGGGGAUUCAAAAGCCGUAUGUUCCAAGUGACUAGCUUGUCUGGUGAUGCGUUCACCCACUUGCACGCUUCCUUGUAACUUUACAGUUAUAUUUACAUAUUGAAUUUGCCACUUAUCUUCUCA